AUGCGCGGGAAUUGCAAAAAACGCUGGAAGUUGCGGGAAGAAUUAUUUUUUUAUUGGUGUGGGAGUCAUUUGAGAGGAAAGCGGCCAAUCUUUCGCGCCCGUACCACGGCACCGAGCCGCAGCACCGGAUGGCCCCGCACACAACCCACACGUCGUCACGUACCGACCCGGCCCCUCUAUCUCUCAGGCCCCAGACCUGAAGACCGCUAGACCAAUACGGGCCGUGUCCGAGACGUGGCUGACACUCUUCUCGAGACGACCUCACACCGUGAGGCCGUCCUCAAGAAAGGGGAAAGCAAGCCCCGAGUCCGGCCCCCGUCUGGAUGUAUCCCUAUCACUCUGCACAGACUAAUAUGCGCCUAGUGCUGCUUAGGGUUGCACCAACUCAAUUAAAUUCCUCUGUACAGUAUA